AUGAAUCAUGGCCUGGACACCCGUGAGUGGAUAACCCUACAUCGGGAAAGCUCGGGCCCAGGUCAGACAUGGACCUUUGCCGUCGACGACAUAUCCUUAGAGGAGUUGAGGUCAAUGGACUUCAGGCCUUACUUUGGCUUCGGCCAGGUAAGGUUUCGUCUCAAGGCCAAGGCUUCUCAAGAGGAUGCUGGGGAGAAACAGGGUGUAAGCAACCCUCCUGUCGAAAAACCAGAGGCGGCGAAGCCUUCUAGUGGCAAACCAACAUCGAGCGGUGAAAAACCACCUAAUGAACAGGCGAAAAAAACCUGGAAGGGUAAAUCCAUCCCGGGUAAAAACCUGAAAAAGGGUACCGGCAAGGGGGAAAAGAAGGGACCUAAAGGCCUUGACAAACCUUCAGGCGAGGGCCCACCACAGACAGGCACUGUAAAAUGGCCUCGUGAAUAA